UCAGGUGUUAGGGCGAGGCUCAGAAAGAGUUAAGUCCGAUUGGCUGUGGGAAGAGACCGGUGCGCCGCCUGGCUCGAGAAGACCUCCUCCUCCUUCUCUCCCCCCCCCCCCCCCCCCCUUCCUCUUCCUCCUCCUCUUGCUGCUGUUGCGGUGUACUGGAAGCACUGGUCCAUUUCCGAAUGACCACCCUCUCGGUACUUGUUGAUCUUGGGGCCGGGUUGCAUGCUUGCGCGGCGAGGAAUGCGGCGCAGUGACGCGUGUGGAGCUCGUUAGACGCGUGUGACAUGUCGGAGGCUGAGGAAGGAGGGAAUGGAUGGCAUCGCAGCCUGGCUCGAGUAGACCAGUGACGGUGGCUCCUUUUAUUUUUGUGCACCAUCUCCGUCUCUGCUGGAGGCCAACAGCAACAACAACAACUCACCACGAGACAAUAAUGCCGGAAAAUAGAAGCAAGAGAACUCCAUAGUCGUGGGUGCUUACCCGCUUCCCAGUUGUGAGGUCAUCAUGGAAAAGUCCUUGGCAGAGUUCCACAAGGCCGGCUCGCAGUCCACGACGUCGCUUCCACCCGAGCCGGUGGACAUCGUCCAUAGCAAGUCAUGCUUCAGGAGGGUCCGCCUCAACGUGGGCGGCCUCCCGCACGAGGUCCUGUGGCGAACGCUGGACAGGCUCCCGCGGACGCGUCUGGGCAAGCUGCAAGAUUGCAGCAGUCACGAGUCUCUGAUGGAAGUGUGCGAUGACUACAACCUGGACGAGAACGAGUUCUUCUUCGACCGCCACCCGGGCGCCUUCACGUCCAUCCUCAACUUCUACCGCACGGGGAAGCUGCACAUGAUGGAGGAGAUGUGCGCCCUGUCCUUCAGUCAGGAACUCGACUACUGGGGCAUCGACGAGAUCUACCUGGAGUCCUGUUGCCAGGCCAGGUACCACCAGAAGAAGGAGCAGAUGAACGAGGAGCUGAAAAGGGAAGCGGAUAAUAUAAAGGACCGAGAUGGGGAAGAAUUCGACAACACGUGCUGUGCGGAGAAACGCAAGAAACUGUGGGACCUGCUGGAGAAGCCCAGCUCGUCUGUUGCUGCAAAGGUCCUGGCUAUCAUCUCCAUUCUCUUCAUCGUGUUGUCCACCAUCGCUUUGUCUCUCAACACUCUACCGGAACUGCAGGACACAGAUGAGUACGGCCACUUCACCGACAACCCCAAGUUGGCCCACGUGGAAGCGGUGUGCAUUGCAUGGUUCACCAUGGAGUACCUGCUCCGCUUCCUUUCCUCUCCCAACAAGUGGAAGUUCUUCAAGGGUCCUUUGAACGUCAUCGAUCUACUGGCCAUCCUGCCGUACUACGUCACCAUCUUCUUGACGGAAUCUAACAAGAGCGUGUUGCAGUUUCAGAACGUCCGUCGUGUAGUUCAGAUAUUCCGGAUCAUGCGAAUCCUGCGCAUUCUCAAGCUUGCCCGUCAUUCCACAGGACUUCAGUCUCUGGGCUUCACCCUGAGGAGAAGCUACAAUGAGCUGGGCCUACUUAUUCUUUUUCUUGCCAUGGGUAUCAUGAUCUUCUCCAGUCUUGUGUUCUUCGCCGAGAAGGAUGAGGAGGACACAAAGUUCAAAAGCAUUCCAGCUUCUUUCUGGUGGGCAACUAUAACCAUGACCACCGUAGGCUAUGGAGACAUCUACCCGAAAACUCUACUUGGUAAGAUAGUCGGAGGUUUAUGCUGCAUAGCAGGAGUACUGGUAAUAGCGCUCCCUAUUCCCAUUAUUGUAAACAACUUCUCAGAAUUCUACAAGGAGCAAAAGAGACAGGAAAAAGCACUUAAACGUAGAGAGGCCCUUGAGAGGGCAAAGAGAAAUGGUAGCAUUGUUUCCAUGAACUUGAAGGAGGCUUUUGCCCGUAGUGCAGAACUGAUGGAUGUGGUGGUGGAAAAGAAUGCUAGACCUCAUGAUAACCACCUCUCACCGGGCCGUUGGAAAUGGACUCCCAAGAGAGCCGUUUCGGAAACGAGCUCCAAUCGUUCUUUCAACGUCCAGGACUCUCCGAACAAGGGCCGAAACAGCAGCCCCCAAAACUUAAAUGUUCAGAAGCUGGAGGAGAUGUACACCCAAAUGGCCAAGACCCAGUCACAACCAAACCUCAAUGCUAAAGGUUCCAGGGUUGGAAAACAAAGGGACGAGAUAGAGCUAGGAGCCAUACAGGGUCAUGGUCAAUCAGUGCUGGGAACCACAGACGGGGUGAGCGACAUGAAAAGUUUGUCCAGUCUUGACAGCUACAUCAGUUGUGCUACAGACUUUCAGGAGAAUCCACGCUUCCCUCAGAGUACAACAAUGGACCUUUGCUAUGGUGAAAGCAACCGGUUCUCAUAUAAUCCAGCUGUAGCUUUUCCUCAUCACUCUUUGGCGAAACCAGGCCAGCAAAGCACCGCUGCACCUCUGUUGACUCCCAUCCCCGUUCCUAAACCCUCAUGCUCAGAAAAUGCAAGAAGAUUCUUAUUCUCUGGCAAAGCCUCCAAAAGUCUUUUCUCCAAAGGAGGCUGUCGGAAUGAGACGGAUCCCGGACCGUCGCCAUUCUCAGACAGCUCCAUCCUGGCCGACCACUCUCUGUUGAGCCCUGAAGUUUCUGUCUACACCACAGCCAGCAGCAGGACGCCACCAAAGUCCCCGGAGAGCGCCACCCUGGCUCCUGCAGUCUUCACCUUCCACGACUCUUCCAUCAGUAAAUACAUUGACGCCGACACGGAUGACGACGAACACCUGCGUGACAUCUCCGACGCCAGCCCCACGGAUUGCCUGCUGAUCGGCUCCAGCCCUAAACGCGGCAUCAACAUCAACUACCAGAGAGCCACCAACCACUUGGAAGCAGCUCAUAAAAUGCUUGGACAAAACUGUCUUUUCCCCCGGGAAGGAAUUUGCGGGGUUCCUCACGAGAAUCACGUUGGUCCAGAAAUAGGACGUAGACAAAAGGGUGAAAGGGGCCGCCAAAAUACUUUGGACAAAAGCUACUGAGGUCGGAGUGUGUUAAGUAUAAACCAUACACCAGAGCAGGAGUGCUUGUGACAGAGAAACCAAACACACAACAAGCCAGGCAGACAAUGGAGAGUGACAAAGUUGAAAUGUUUUACAAAUCACCCGAGCUUGCCAUGGGCUCAGGGAGAACACGAGGGCCGAAUACUCGGGGAGAAACACUUUCACUGCCCCUCUUUCGAUUCAUUCCAAUCAAGAGGUAGUAUUCCACAGAAGCACCCCAAUGUAGCCAGCAGGUCUGUCCAGCCAUCCUAUGAGAAAAUCAAACCGCGUUUUGCGCGAUUGUUGAGGCUGACGGUUAUCGCUACCUUCUCCAGUAAGAACUCGUUUCAUAGUCUGGGAGAUACAGGAAAGGACCUAAAAGCCUAUAAACGUCAUCAUGCCCUCAGUUCUCAUACCUGGCCUUAGUCAUUUCCAAUUGUUGAGGGCGUGCAUGUCUGCAAUUGCUUGUGUGAAUAUGAGGACGACUGCUGAUGAAUGAUCCGAUGGUAAUUUAUGUACACACACACGUCAAAGAUUGUCCAAUCUGAUUUUUUUUUAAUAUAUAAAGAUAAAAUAUCUUAGAUAUUGGCUAUUUGAAAGUCCGCUUUGUCAUAAUCAUACGUGACAAGUAAUCUCGAGAAAAGGAUCAGCGUCAUGGAACGGAAGCUUUCGAUAUUGAGAGGUUACAGCUCAUCAUCCACGGUAUUUUGUCACAUGACAUCACGAGGAAGAUGGAUCACACUUAUAUCUUGCCAAUGGUUAAUAUUAGCUGGGCAGCUCUCUGUGUCAUUUAUAAUGGAUAAAAAUAGUGGACUGAGAAUUUUUUUAUGGGCAAAUAUAAGAAGCAAACAUAAUGUACACCCACAGGCUACUUUAUUAAGGACACAAUCCAAUUCGAUCCAACCGCCAAUUUCACGUUGCGGCACGCGUGUAGAUGUGCCGCUGUGUCUAAUGUCGCCAGUGUGUCUAAUGUAGCCAGUGAAUGAAUACACUCAAUAUCAGUAUGAAGAAAAAAAAAAAAAAAGUAAAAUUAUUUAGUCAUCAGCAAAAUAAUUUUUUUAUUUUCUAUAAUAACAAUUUGAAGCACCUCCCACUUCAAUUAAUUUAAGAUUUUAGUAGCAAAUUUUCAUUUCGUCCAACAGGAACGCAAUCAGAAACUGGUUUGAUUGAUUGAUAAUUGAGGUAAUAUUAAACCAUUGCGGCUUUGGUGCUUAAAUUUCUGUAUUAUAUAACAAAGUCAUACUGUAUAUAAAGAAACGGUACACCAGUUGAAAUUGACUAGUGCUAAAACACCCACGGAAGACGCAUACAGCUUAACUUCAAUAUAUGCAGUAUCGAAAUGCUUGGUUGCCGUGGUGACAGGUACCCUUGCUGAGUCUUUUAAUUGGGGUGGGAAGGUCUGACUGCAUGUAACAUAUACAAACGGGCACAAAGGCACACAGGAAUGGCAGUUAUGCAUGCAAGUCACACGUUGGCUUAGCCACCAAUCACCAACCAUGACUCACGGACGCGGCGGCGUCACGAAGAUGCCGUGACCUCGCCUAUUGACACGUUUGUGACCUAUCUUUGUAGCACAUUGCGGAUAUGUGACCUUGUUUUGUUUUGCAACACGCAGCAACAUUUAAGGGAAUAUACGUAUUCAUUAUUAGAAGAAUAUACAUGCACUUUAAUGUCUAAUUCAUGUGGGGGGAAAAAUGGUCUUUGUUCAUCUCAGUUGAGCCUUUGAAAGCCCUUUAAGAGAAUUAAGUGAGGGUAUGUGGACGGAACCAAAACCUUGAAAGAAAAGCAUAACAAUGAGGAAUUUGGAUUUCUAGUUAUACAAUCAUACUGUAUGUGAUGGUCAUUCCUGUGUUUUGGAGUCCCAAAUCCUGAUUUCAAAUCUGGUUUUGCAUUGUUGUCAGAGAAGCCAGAGUGAAAGGAAUGGCAAUGAGGCUGUGAGUGCGGAGUGUGACGCUUAAUAGAAAAGAAUUUCCCAAAUGAAUGUAUGCAUAACGGGAAGUCUCCAUUGUGCGUACGGCCACACCCGAAAGACAUCACAGAAAUAUGCCGUAUUUAUUUUUAAAAACAUGCUGUAUAUUCAAGAUGUAUUCCAUUAGAGUUUGCUAAUGAAUGGAAUGGAUAAACAAUGUUAUGUUUUAAGUGGCGACAAAUUAAUUCGCCCCCCUGCUAAGUGUUGGAGUUGGAUUUUUAAUGCAAUAUGAUUUACAGCUAAAACCCAAAUUAGUCAUACACUGAACACAUUUUGGCCUUCAAUUAUUUGUUCAUUUAUUUGCUGGAGAAGAAAAACAAAAACAGACAAAUGUCAUUUUUAUAGAUUUUUACAUGGAGGUUCUCAUUUUUAUCACGAUUCAAAGGAUAGUCAGUCAUAAAAUCCUUUGCCACGUAAUAUUUACAGUUAGCUAUUUUAUUUAAAAACAAAAACAACAAUUGUUGUUCAUAGGCUUAACUGUAUCUUUUAACUUACGAUGUGGUAAAAAAAAAUAUCUUGCAUAAGUCAUACUUAAAAUAAGAACUGCUGUCCAGCGAUUACAAAGAAAUCUCCUGUACGCAUAUCUAAGUGUAAUUAACAUAUUUGACUAAGAGUAUCUUUUCUUUUAGUCUUAUGAAUUAUUCUAACAACAUUUGACGAGGUGAUAAUUGUACAAAAGAGAGACAAAUGACCGUUUCCAAUUGACUUCUGUCCCAUUGUCCUCAACAGCUCAGCAGUGCUGAAUGGACCUUUAAUUGGAUUUAGCUUGAUGAAGAAAAUUGAAGGCCAACGUAUGACGAACAUGUCAUCGCUGUCGAGAGAUAUAAAUCUCAUUGACGUAUAUGUGUCACACAUAAUUAGGUCAGGAAUAAUCUGCUGAUCGCCCUUUAUGAGCAACAUCAUUAUCAGUAGCAAUCAAUAAAAUGGGGGCGGGGCAUGUAUUUUAUUCUGUGACUAAAGGUCAGUACAAGUUGUCACCAUGUGUCAUUUGGGCUUUCGAUGGAAAAAGGCUGUCAGGGAGCAUUUUGGCUGAAAUAUUUCAACUAUGAUGACAAUCAAUAUUUCAUGACUAGACAGGAAACAGUGUAGUCGAGGUUUGUUGAUAAUUGCAUAGACAAAUACAAUGCGCAUUAUUGAUGGGCCAUGUUUUCAGACAUGAGUAGGGUACCCAACAAAAUCUUAAGCAUUAUUUCCUGUGAGUGUUUUCAAAUAACGUGUCACAAUGUAGACAUAAGGUAAGGCAGGUCUUCUUUUUUUUUUGGGGGGGGGGUUUGGACACAUUUUCGUUCCUGAAGAUCUAUUGAAGGAUGCCCAAAAUAUGUAUUUUAAUUUAUUUCUAUUCAUUUAAGUGCAUUUAUGACAGCAGUAUUGUUGGGUGAGGAAAAAAAGGAUACCUAGACUGUGAUGCUAUUAUAUGAUUUUUUAUUUUUUUUCUAAGUUACUUUGUAAGACACAUUUCUGUAUUCUGCGCUAAUAUAACAAAGUUGUCCUCAGUUUAUGUCGGAUGCGGUUGUAAAGUCAUGAUUAAAGUGUUAGGUAUGGAAAACAUAUCUAGGCCAUAAAUGAGCAACUGAAAAACAUGAAAUAUGCUGGUAACUAAACACACCAUUCGUAGCCUCGAAACGUUGCAUCUCAAAACCUUGAAUACUGAGGAAUGCCCAAAUCAGAAAACACAAUCAAGUGACUUUUAUGGAAAAAAAUGAAGAGCACAGAUUCUCCAAACGUUCCAAAAGGCGUUCCCUGCUGUAUGGUGAAUGUUUUUUUUCUACCAUUCUGAAUAGUUUGAUUGUGGCAUCGAGGGAUUCGGUUUUUUACAGUAUUGCCAUGAGAAAUCUGACCCAGAGAAUGGAAGCUAGAGACCCUCUGAGGGUUAGGGUCAAAUUUUAGAAGGGGAACACGCUAAAAGAAAAGCAUUAUAGGAGUGAGGCCAACAAACAACUGGAACAAAUUACAAAAUAUAUAUUUUUCUACAUUUGAAGCUCUCAGCGGAAUUGACCUGACCCCAAUCUUGCCUAAGCCAUCCGUCUUUGUAAAGUACACCAGGGAAAUAGAGAAAAAAAAAUCUCGGAAAGUUCUUCUCCAAUGUUGUUUGUAGGUCCCCAGCUUAGUCUGUUUUGUACAAAACACACAAACAAACAAAAACAUUUCUACCUGUUGACUUUCUAUGCUGUCGUUUCUGUAUAACUGUUCUAUCGUUCGGUGCAUGUUGUAACUUUUUGGCGUUGCGGCUGCUUGUGACUCACACGGAGCCAUUCAUGUUAUUGUCUUGUACGGGGGAAAAAAAAGAAACUGUGUCUCCAUGUCCCCGGGAUGUUUCUAUUUCUUAAGAAAAGUGACGUUUCACCCUCGGAUGACUCCAAAUGAAAUAAAGCAGAUCACUUUACAUUUUGA